CUGCCCCGCCCCGCCCUCGCGGCGGCACGUGGAAGCUGCGGGCCGGAGCAGGGCGAGUUCUUGUCGGCCCGCUUGGAGCGCGGGCGGUUCCGGUGUCACCAUGGCGACCGGACGCGGCUGGAUCCUGCAGCAGCACAGCCUAGGGCUGGCGCGGGCCGCGGCGGCUUCCCAGCGCCCGGCGUCGCCCCCCUGCCCCAGCGGCCGCUCCCAGUUCUCCGCGGCUCCUCCACCGGGCCCGGAGCGGGGCAGGAAGAAGUCAGGAAUCUUCGCAUGCCAUGAGACUGAAAACAUUUGUAUUCAAGGGCAAUGUCAGAGGACUUCUAUCAAAUCAAAAUCUUGUCCAUGCAUUGAGAGUAUGCCAUCAGAGAUACUGCUGAAGAUAUUUUCUUAUUUGGAUGCUCUGUCCCUAUUGUGUAUUGGUUGUGUGAAUAAACACUUCUAUCAUCUGUCCAAUGACAAUGUGAUCUGGUUCAAAAUAUACUCCAGUUUUUUUCCACCUAAAAGAACAAAUUGGAAAACUAAGCCUGUUGAAAGAACAGCUGUCUUACCAAGUCAUGCUACCGUACUGGACAGAGAAUCGGGAUACUGGAAGAAGGAAUAUAUCAUGAAACAAAUAGCAGCUGGCAAAACUAAAAUCAUUCAGUUUCUGAAACCUAUAAACCCUUAUACUGGCCUUCCACUUAAAAUCAAAGAAGCUAUCAAAGCAUAUAAUUUGAGUUGGGUGAUUGUACUAAAGGACAGAAAUGGAAAGGAACAUGUAAUGGAGCAGGUGGACAUCUCUUUUAAUGAUACAUCUAUUACCGUAUUUUGGUAUGGUACAAACUGGCCAUGUUUAGACACCCUGCAAACCCUGGAAUUAUGUGGAGUGACACCAUUGCUUCUUGAUCGAUGUAAAGUUCCCACCUACAACAUACCUCGGCGGCGUUCCUUAAUUGCUGAGUUCAGCCUUACUAACCUGACUAACACGACUACAAUGAUUGGCUCUGAUGUGCUUGUGGAACUUUUCCGUCUGAACCCAGGACUCCUGGUGGGUCUCUGGAAGAAAGGAAAUGGAAUUGCUUUUAUUACGGCAAGUCUUCAUCAUCAUCAACUUCUUGAGAGAAGCACUUUGGGCUCUGUCACUGCACCAUAUGUCCUGCCUCCACAUAAACCUAUACUGGAUGAUGUUGACCCAGAAUAUGGACUACAUGGCUACCAAUUACAUGUAGAUAUGCAUAGCGGAGGACAUACUUACAUGUGUGGUACAUUUCGAAAUGUGUUCUGCAGAAAAGAUUACAUUCGAAAUGGAUUCUUAAGGCUUACAGUUAUAAGUUUAAAAAAUAAUUCACAGCAUUUACCUCUUGCUGGGAAAGUUGGCUUCUUCUGGAGAACUGAUGUGUUUGAAGGCAAUGUACAGAAUUGUUACAUGAUGGAUGUGACCCUCUUGGACGAAAUGGAAAAACCCUUCUGGUGUUUCAGUGCUCCAGUCUACAUGAAACUUUCUUCCAAGGCAUCCUGCCUUUAUGACUAUACGGGCCACAACUAUGACUUAAAUUAUGUGGAUUCAGAGGGUAAAGUCCAUAUUGAACUGGUUUGGUUAGAAGAAACCAAGGAGUACUAUAUAGUUAAUCUGGUUCUUUACCUAAGCACUGAAAAAGUUAAUAGCUGGUUUGGAACAAAGUACUGAUUAUAAUAAUUCAAACAGCUACUUUUCUUGCUGGUAACAAGAUGAUUUUUUUGGGAGGAGAGGAAGGGAUUAAGAUUGAAAUGAACCCCACAGUACAGGUGCUACAAUUUGUUUUGUGCUUUAUUUACUGAAAAAUAUGUGCUGUCACGUCUUUAUUUUUAUUAUAGUUUUCACUUUUGUUAUUGAGGAGAAAAGUUUAAACAUAAAAAGCCAUGACUUUUCUUUCAUAUGAAGCACCAUGAUGUGUGCUAGACUCUGUUGUAAGUACUGAGCAUGGUAGGGGUAAACCAAUCAGAGUUACUCUAUAAAAUGUCAUCUGGAAUAAUCAGAUAUGUAAUGCUGCUUCUGAAACAGAUAAUGUUAAUAACACUGUUAUCUCUCCAUAUUUAUAUAUUCUACAUUAUUUCUAAGAUCUUAGAAUCCACCUUGAAAAACUUAACUCUGUGAAGUCUGAAGUGACAAACAGUGUCAAAGUGGUGUUGAUUGAGCCUCUGUGCUAUUCUUCUUAGAUAUACAUGAGAUGAUCUUGAUGAGUGACUGAACUUAUGCAGAGGAAAUAUUUUUAAUGCUGAUUUAUCAUUUUAAAAUUCACUGUGAUAGGAACUUCAAGGCUCAGGGAUGGGCCAAUAUGGGGAACAAGGCUUUUGCCAAUGGAAACAUUUAUAUUGGCCCUUUUCUUAAAAGUUGACUUAAAACUGCUGCUGGGUCAGAGUUAAAAAUGCAGGUGUUUUAAUUUUGUUGCAUGCGUUGUAGUCAGUGCUUUCAGACAUGGACACCUUUAAUUAGAAACUGAUGUGUUGGUCCCUAAAUAAGAGGUCUGAUUUUUUUCCCUCAGAGGAGCUGAGUGUCAUCAGCUCCAUAUUGACAUAGUUAACAUUCAGUUACCUAAGUAGAGAUGGUGAGUACCUAACCUAUGGUUUUUAGUAUCUAUCCUUAGGCACUUAUUUGAAAAUGAUAUCCUAUGUACCUAUUCUUUUGUGCUUAAUCUUUCAGGCUAUGUGAUUGUGUCUUUAGAGCUCAGCACCUUACUUGAAAUCCAUUGGAGUUUUGACUGAGGGAGGUGUGUGACUUGGGCACAAUAGUGUAUUUUUAAUGAUGUGGACAAAGUUCAUGUAUAGUUUUUGCUACAAAUAAAUAUAUUUUGUGAUGUUUCAUAGUGCUUUCUAUUGCAUAUAAAGUUGUCCAACCAUAAUUACUUAUUUGUUGGCUUUUUGACUUGUUUUUAAUUGUGGCAAAAGUGAUUUGCUUGAAUGUGUUUAUCUCCUGUCUCUGUUAACGUGAAUAUGAGUCGGCAAUUUUAACAAUUGCCAAGUUUAAGUAUUUUUCCUUUUUACUACCGAUAUGGUGAUUCUUUGUUUAAUUUUUAACCUUGUUCACUAUUUUCUUUGAAUUCAAAGAUACUAAGUAAAGAAAAUAGAAAAG